AAUUUAUUUAGAUUAGCAUCCAAAAGUCUUAAUUUUUAUGGGUUUCGUUUUGGUUUUAUCUUAUUAUGUUUCUUGUUUGAUUCAGUGUGUUUUUCUUUUUUAAAAUUUGUUCUAUGGGUUUUGCCUGAAGGUGCAGAUUUGGUGACUUUUUGACGAAAAAAAAGUGGGGUUGUUGGAAAUCUGUGGUUUUUCUCUGAAAGACACCAGCUUGAAUUACUUUUAGUGCUUUUUAGCUUCUGGAUAUGGAUACCAGUGCUGGCCCGAGCUUGUUCCCUUUGCACCGUUGCAAAACUCUUCACUUGGAUAUUCAAGAUUGCCUUCUUUCUUGGCUUUUGCUCGCAAAACAAGGUAAUGUGGUCUUAUGAAACAAUACAUCCAGGUGAGGCAUGCUCAGGGGAUCCACAAUGUAGAUGGAGAUAAGAACUAUAAAGCAUACAUGUCUCCAGAAUAUUUUGAUGCACACAUUACCCCUCUUGGCUGGCAACAGGUGGAUAAUUUGCGUAAGCAUGUCCAUGAAUGUGGCCUUGCUAAGAGGAUUGAUUUAGUGAUUACAUCCCCUUUGCUAAGGACAUUGCAAACAGCUGUUGGGGUAUUUGGUGGUGAUGGUUAUACGGAAAGGAUGGAUGUAGUGCCACUUAUGGUGGCAAAUGCAGGAAAUAGUGGUCGUGCUGCAAUUUCAAGUCUAAACUGCCCACCGAUCGUUGCAGUAGAACUUUGUCGAGAACAUUUGGGAGUCCAUCCUUGCGAUAAGAGGAGAAAUAUCAGUGACUAUCAAUUCCUUUUUCCUGCGGUUGAUUUCUCACUGGCAAAAAGUGACGAGGAUACAUGGUGGAAGGCUGAUGUUAGGGAGACAAAAGAGGAAGUUGCAGCCAGGGGGCAGAAGUUCCUGAACUGGUUGUGGACACGGAAAGAGAAGGAGAUAGCCAUUGUUACCCAUAGUGGGUUCUUGUUUCAUACAUUAAGUGCACUUGGAAAUGAUUGUCAUCCAUUGGUGAAGAAAGAGAUCUGCAAACACUUUGCAAAUUGCGAGCUUCGUUCCAUGGUCAUUGUUGAUAGAAGUAUGAUAGGAUUUGACCCUUCGAUGACCAAUUACCCUGGAAAGACUCCAUCAGGAUUGGAUCUCCCAAGUGAUGUUGUCGAUGAGAAGGCUGACUAAAGGACCUGAUACAAAUUGUCCUCUGAGCAUUAUGUUUCAUGCUUGUGAUGGUACUAUAUAUUCAUAUGGUGAUUUUGGCAUGUGGAUGAGGAAAUUCAACAUGGUAAUUGAUAUACAAAUAGAUUGUAAGAACUUUGUAAAGAACCAGUUGUUGGAAUUCCCUUGGUUUGCAAAGACUGAAGAAGUUACAGGUACCUCAAAUCUCAACUAUCUAUAUGUUUUACUGUAACAUUUUCAAUGUAGACAUUCAUAUCAGCUUAUCUUUUAUUGGAUAGCUAUUUGCUUCUAGAA